AUGGUUGAUUCUGUUGCAACAAUUGCUCUUGAAACACUUCUGGACUUAUUGAUUGAGGAAGCAAAGUUUCUAUCGAGUGUGGGCGGUGAGGUUGAGGAAGUCCGUAGGCAGCUCAACAUCAUGCACUGUUUCUUGAAGGAUGCUGAUAGGAGGCAAGAUCGGUACAAUUCACAGACAGUCCGGAAUUGGAUCGCUGAACUUCACGAUUUGUCCAUUCAAGCUAAGAAUGUGCUAGAAAUAUAUGUCAUUGAAGUGGUGUCCAGAAGAAAAGGAAAAGGCCUUAAAAUGGUUCUCAAAAGAUUCACUUGUAUAUUGAGCGAGUGGUCAAGAAUGCACCAAAUCGGAAAAGACAUUAAAGAUAUCAAGUCCCUGAUUUCCAUAUGUGGCAUGGGAGGAUUGGGAAAGACCACUCUUGCUACUAAAAUUUACAAUGGGGAGACUGUGGAGCGGCGCUUCAAAUAUCGUGCUUGGGUUUGUGUAAGUCAGCAAUUUCAACCCAAAACUACUUUCCAACGACUAUUAAAGCAACUUCUUCCGAAUGAAAGUGAGGAGCAAGACGAAGAUACAUUGGUCAGAAAGUUGUACCAAGUACAAAGAGACAGAAAAUGUCUCCUAGUUUUGAAUGACGUUUGGGAAGUUCAUCACUGGAAUUGCUUAAGGCGUGCCUUUCCCAUUGCAGAGGCAGAUAGCAAAGUUUUGCUCACAACCAGAAAUCAAAGCAUUGCUUCUAGAGGAUACGUCCACAAUCUCAAGUAUUUUGAUGAAGAUGAAGGAUGGGAGCUCCUUCAAAAGAUAGCAUUCCCGAACAACUAUUCACAAGAGAUACGUACAACUGAAAUAAAAUUGUUGGAAGAAUAUGGAAGGGAAAUAGUAAAAGAAUGUGGUUAUUUACCAUUACCCAUUUCAGUCAUUGGAGGAACUCUUCGUCAUGAAAAGGCAUCAAUAGAAUGGAAAAAUGUGUGUAGAAAUCUUGAUUCGUACCUUCUACAUGGGAGAGGUUUGGAGAAUGACAAAGGAGUAAAUCAAAUACUAGAUUUGAGUUAUAAUGUGCUCCCUUACAAUCUGAAACCAUGUUUUUUGUAUUUGGCUUGUUUUAAAGAAGAUGAAGAAAUAGAUAUAGAAAAAUUAUAUUUACUAUGGAUGGCUGAAGGUAUGAUUUGUUCCGAAGAUAAGGGAAGAGGAGAAAGUUUGAGAGAUGUGGCAGAACGGUAUUUAUUCGAGCUAGCAAAUAGGUGUAUGGUUGAAGUGGAAACAGACAAGUUGGCACUAUAUAAUAGAUUUAAGUCAUGCCGGCUUCAUGAUAUGAUACGAGAUAUGUGUUUGUCAAAAGGAAAAAAAGAAGGAUUUAUGGAGGUUAUAGAUAAAAAGAUGGGAGGAGAAGAGUCUUCAAUUUGUAAAACAAAUAGAUUGGCUAUCCAUAUGGAGGGAGUGGAUAACGAUCUUAGUUACAGGAUUGGGGAAAAUAAGAACAUAAGAUCUUUUAUAUUCCUCAAAACGGACUGGCGAGAUUCAUUUUGGUACAAUUACAUUACAUUUGGGAUUUUCAAAUCUCUCAAAGUCUUAGUAUUGGAAGGUUAUACAUUUGAGAAUAUUAAAUUGCCCAAAGGAAUCGAAAAAUUGAAGCUGUUGAAGCUAUUGAGUCUCGAAAAUAGUGGUGUGGAAGAAUUGCCACCAUCUAUAUGCAAGCUACCUUGUUUGCAGACAUUGAAUGUGAAAAAUACAAUGAGAUUACCUAAUUGCAUAUACAAAAUGAAGCGCUUGAGGCAUCUAUUUAUGAAAGAUGAUCAUGAGAGAGUUGGAGGCGAAAAAUUGAAAUUUGAAGGGUUGAAUGAAUUGGAGAUGGUUGAUGAUAUCUGGGUUGGUGAUGUGGUUAAUGAUAUCACUCAUCUUCUUAAAUUGCCAAAGAUGGACAUGGAUGUCAAUACGAAUCGGGAAGAUGGCUCAACUCUUUUCAGGAGGUUGGUGAUGUAUCACUCACUACAUUACUUGAGAAUCACACAUUGUCGAGUGAGCAAAUUACCAGCUUAUGAAGUUCAACUAUAUCAAAAUGUGAUAGAAUUGCAGCUUGUGGGUACAAGGAUUGAGGAAUACCCAAUGGAAAUACUAGAGAAGCUUCCCAAUCUAUAUGUGGGCAGAGAGAUGGUUUGUCGGGCAACUGGAUUUCCUCAACUCAGGGAACUUGUUUUGCAAAGGUUGUUGAAUUUAAUGGGGUGGAGAGUGGAGAAAGGAGCAAUGCUCAACCGCUCCAGUCUACUUAUUGCAGAAUGCAGUAAAUAUUAA